GGGCACAUGCAAUGUCACCACGAAAACGGCAGACUCCGCACCAAGAUCUUCUUCCUCUGGGCAAAAUUCUCAAGAAAAAAUACAAAUCGCCCAUAGAACCACUGAAAGCAACAAUGACAUAUUUUUCUCUAUACAAAUUUCCAUCCAAUCCCUAACCCUUCCAGAGUAGAAAUGCGGUUGAGCAUUCAAAUCCUGCCAAAACCCGGCUUUGCUGCCUGAAAAUAUCUUUCCUCGGUUCAGCUUUGAGGAAAGCCUUGUUGCCUAUUGCUACCACGCUACAGAGAAUUUAGAUUCAGCUAAGGUUACAAUUGAAGUCAGGUGGCCUACAUCUUUCCUGAACGAUCUAUAAAAUUAUUCCAUUUCCAAUACAAGUAUUCCUGCUGGAAUCAACUCAUAGAGUUGGCCGUUUUCAACGCGAACCACGUUGUGCCCACUCACUUUUUAGGUGCCGCUUGUACUCGAGUAUUCUCUCAGCAGUUGUGGAGAUGGUGCCAAGGAAAAUAUAUAAAAGCACACCCAACAAGCAGCAUCAUUCCCUGAACCUCAGCCAUCAUCAUCAUAAUAAAAAAUAAAAAAAUCACGUUAUUUUCUCUAAUAUUUUUUUCAACCCCUUGGUUCUCUGUCCCGGAUGGAGGGGAGGGGCUAUGUUUCCGUAGCGUCUUCUGCUCCCUUUGCAGGAGAGGGAAUUUUUGACUGCAUUGCGCACCGUACAAUUGUUCAAGUUUUUACUGUUUCAUCCUUGUUGUCGAUAAGUUAACGGACCUCCCCCUAGAGCAACUGUGCCCGAUUCCCUCAUUCGACAGCAGCGCGAAACUCGCCCUGCCGUACAGAGGGGAUACAAGGCUGUUCAAAUACUCGGGCGCUUGCGGUGUGCAUGAUAGUCAGUCUUACCUGCCGAGCCAGACGCAUAUCAAAGCCUCGCAGUUAUGGUUCCCCCGCUCAGCACAGCCCUGCGCUCAUACAGACUCGAACUCUCCAGAAAAAUCAUGGACUUAUAACCCCCACUCCACUGACUCCACUGCGGUAAUUGACCAGGCACCUAGGCCAAAUCACACCUGCCAUCACCGCAUCCCCUUUCUCCUAUCCUAUCCGCAUCGAAGAGAGCAUAGUACGAUCAGUGCCCCAUCAUGUCAACCAACUCCAAGACAGAAGAGCUGCGGCGCCAAAUAUUGAAUCGACAACUGGUCGUCCUGAAUGAGAGACGUUUCUUUCCCGAUUACGCCUUGAAGCAAGUGGUUACUCGUGAUGCGGUUACCGGAGUGAUUAUGGAGUCAGGCAUCGAACGCCACGACCAUACAACUGUUAUUGACCGCAUCCUCGGAGGCGCUCAGAAGAUCUUUUGCAUUUUGGUGUGCAUCAGACACGUGAAUUCUAUCACGAUUCUUCUCCGGUGCGGUAUCCAAGAUGCUAAACUCGCUUUGUCCAGGGAGGAGUUACAAUCAGAUUCAAUUGGUUUGGAAUCCCACUUGGCGGAUGAGUUUUACCAGCAGCAGUGGUCUUUCAUAGCGCCUAUUUUCAAGAGUGGUGUUCAGAAACUACCCAAAUCUUGUAUCUUACCCUUUAAAGAGGAGCGAGUCUUAGCGGAGGGUGGCUGUGGGGCGCUCUUGAGGGUUGUUCUCUACCGUUCCCAUCAGGAGCUAGUGUCUAGUGACCAUGAAUCUGGAGAUACUGUAGGUCCCCAUAUCCAGAGACCACUACCCGUAACAAGCGCUAAUCCCUACAAAGGUGGUUGUUGCACGCAAGAGGAUAAAGCGCAUUUCUGCUAUAUCUAGGCCAGAGAAAGAUUUCGAAAAUGAACGAGGGCCGCUUGAAUUUCUGAGACAACUGGGUCACCCCCACAUCAUCGAGUUGCUCGGGUCAUAUCAUCAGGAGGACGACUACAACUUCUUCUUCCCUUUGGCCGAUGGCAGCCUUCAAGACCUUUUUGAGAAAGGGCAUCAGCACUUCAAGAUAGGUCCCGAAGGCUUUUACUCAUCAAUCGUUGGCCUGUCCUCGGCGAUAAAUCACAUACACAAUUUUACGUGCGAAAGUGGUGGAACGAACGAUAACUACAAGGGCUAUCAUCGCGACCUCAAGCCUGGUAACAUUCUUAUCCAGCAAGGAAAAUUAAUUAUAUCCGACUUUGGACUCUCGAAGUUCAAGGAAGACGCCUUCCCUUCCUCCACCAUCCACCGGUUUGGCACAGAAGCCUAUCUUCCUCCGGAGGCCUGUGAUUUGAGCCCGGAGUCAACAUUUGAGGACCAAACGGUUGGACGAGGUGUCGAUAUUUGGGCCUUUGGUUGUAUCCUUGCAGAGAUAGCGACAUACUUGCUCCUUAGACCCGAGGGGGUCGGCGAAUUUCGCACAAAAAGGACGACAAGAGUUCAUCCGAACGUGGUAGACAACUCGUUCCAUGCCCAUAAUCAAGUAAAAGAGGAAGUCAAUGAAUGGCUAAAACACCUAGAGGAGCUAGCAGAAAGAGAUUCUCAAAUCUCACGUUUGGUGCAGCUCGCCAGGAAGACACUUAUACCAGACCGCAAGGAGCGGCCAACAGCGCAGGUUGUCUUGGACGAGGUCUCGGCUCUCCAUCCCGAGAAUGCUGAAUACAUGAAAUUGCUCGCCUGGAAGCAGCCACCAGGGCAAAAGCAGGAGGUGUCGCAGACCGAUAAAUGUAACUCUUCCCUAUUGAAAUAUACGUGGUCCGCCCUAGCUAAUGUACGAACUCGCAUACAGAUCAAGAUGUCGACAUGAUACUGGGGCCAAGCCCCGACACACUACCCCCUGCACCCUCAGGAUUACGGCCGCCUAGAGUGCCGAACAGGAGACCAGCGGCGCAAUCAUCAUUCCUGUCAGAACCGUCACCAGUCCUGGGAGGGUCAUCACUCCUGUCAGAGCCGUCACCAGUCCUGGGAGGGUCAUCACUCCUGUCAGAACCGUCACCACUCCUGGGAGGGUCAUCAUUCAUGUCAGAACAAUCGCAAUUAUGGAAACGCAACCCCGGAAGCCACUGAGCCCCACUCCAACAACCCCACCAUCAUCACUAAGGUCUUCAUCUCCACUAUCACAACCUCAACCAAACCGGAGAGUGCGAAGUUAUGCGGAAUUUAGAGUGGACGAGUGUGGGAUCUGGUGUAUCGUGUGGAUUACUCGUUGGGGGUCCGUAGGGCGGAGGGGGGGGAUGUAGUUAGGUCGCAAAUUCAACUUGACAGAUUCAGCCUACUAG